AUGUGGUGCGUUCUUGUGUCGGGUGUUGCCAAACUUGUGAGCGAAGGGGCCCAGCAGGAGGAGCCAGAGAUACUACAAGUACGCCGCGUUUAUAAUUUUGAUAUUAUGAUUAUAUGAUGUGUAGUGAGGUCACGAACGUUCUAUCCUAGUUUUUCCUUUGACGCCUCUUUAUCCAAAACGACCGGCAGAUAUCUAUCAGCCGGCGGCGUUUUUGCACAAAAAAGAUUUCCAUUUUGCAAUCGGGUGGGGCUUUGUUGCCAAACAAGCCCGGAGGAAUACUGUCGAUUGCCGAUUGACAACAAAACGACGCAAGGGAGCCGGCAAAGGUGGCGCCCUUCUGCGGCGCCCUGCGAAACUACUUCCGCCGAUUGGGGGCGCCAAAAAAUGGGCGGCGGGAAAGAAAGAGCGAGUCCGCGCGGUACCUAUGGGCCCCGUUUUGGCCUGUAUAAUUUUGAGGCGGAAGUAAAAGUCGGCCAGUUGUAAUGUGGGGAGCACGCCAAAGAGUGCGACUUCUGCACGAAAAAAAAGCAAAAACUUCAGAGGCCGCCAAAGGCAGAAAGCCAGUCCGCAUGCUAUGCUGGACCCGAUUUGGGGCGCCCAAGGGCUCGGCCCUGGUGGAGGCCUUGCCGGGGCCAUAUCAUGUGGGGAAGGCUUUCGAGCUUUGAAGACAGGAAUGCGGAGGCCGGUGGUCGUGAUUUCAAUCAUCCAUCCGCGACACCAUGUGGAGCAACAUUCUACGCGUGGGAAUGCUCGAGACAAAAGCGCGACUAUUUUCUUUUGCUCAUGGGAAUGCGCAGGAGCAGUGAGGGAAAUGGGGCCGGGUAAGUAGUCAAGAAAACCGGCGUGACCUCACUACCCCCGCGGGCGCGGCUACUAUUGGUCUUGUUGUUGUUCUUGCUCUGAUUUCGUCCUUCUCCUGGCUUAUCCGACGUUUUUUUCAUAGUUUGCAUCUGCAUAUAUAUUCCUAUUGAGAAGUUCAAGCUGGAGUUUUUGGCGAAUUUCUUUGGGCCUCGAGGAAACGAGAAUACGCCGGAUCAGACGUCCUGAAGAUUUUCGUAAAAAAAAUACAGGAGCGUCGGGUGGAUGUGGUCCCGUUGCAGGAGAUGGGGAUCACAUGCUUCUGCGCAUGGCUAUCGGGCGAAGUUUUGCCUGCUAGCCAACUACCGGUCUUCCGAUCGUGCUGUUACAGAGGGUUUUGUGGUUUUAAUGACCCUCAUCAAGCCCGCGUCACUUCUAUACGACAUUGCCGCUUUGAUAUAUCAUUUAUUCUUUCAUCCACGGUGUAUUUUUUGUUUUUCGAUUCCUCAUCUUUAUUUUUGUUUUUUCAUCACGUGUUUAUAGAAUUCUUUUGCUUCGUUACGUACAACAUCGAGUCAUGUAUUGCAAUGAAUAUCGACCACGACCUUUAGCAACUUUAUUUUCUUCAAUUUCAAAAUUAAUUGACGUCAUACUAUUACUAAUUCACGAUGUCGAUGGGUCAUGUGGCUUGAGUAGUUUCCUACCGAAUCACCAAAAUUAUCGAACUCUAUUCACCAAGAAGCGUGCGAAGGUGUCGGAGGGCCAUCUGUAUUUUUUCUCUUCGGAUCUAUCGUCAAUUGCAUAAGCUGCACCCUGCUUCUGUUGAAUGUCCUCGCGAUCGCAGGGAGGUUGGGCUAAGUACGCAAGAAUUUUCCGCGGCCCAUCCAUUGAGCAUUUGCAAUUUCGGUAUGGACAGGAACCAAGCACAAAAUACAUGGUGCCUGGCGCAGUGACC